UGUAGAGGGCACAGUGGAGCCACGCACCGCUGCUCAGAAGUGCCAUGAAGGUCAGGGAGGUUAGUAGGAGCCUGGAUAGCCUUUGGAGCGUCUCUAUGUCCCGCUUUUGCCGUACCUGCCAGGUUCUGGUCAGCCUAACGACAACCGAGGAGAGGGAAAGUCUGCCGAGGGGAAGUCAACCUUAAGUGGAUCAGGUUUCCUCGCUUUCUUUCUCUGGAUGGGACUGAUGGAAAGUGGAGAGGCCUCAGGCGAAAGAAUGUCCCACACCAGGACAUUGACACGGGACAGUGAGACGAUCCACAGGAUCCAAGAUGCUUUGAAAGAGCAAGACAGCAGUUGGAAGUCAGGUGCAGCUUCUCCGAUCGGAGACCCUGAGCCUGGAGAAAACGUGAUGGAUCCGCCGACGGAGCAGGAUCAUAUACAGAUGCUGGAAGCUCCACUGGAUCCCAGCCAUGGCCUGCACGGUGUCCUGAGAUACAGGAGGGAAUCACAAGAGAGAAGAAUCAGUGAGGAGCCUCAGCCAUCCAGUGACCAGUCAGCGUGGUGUGAAUUUUGCGGUGCGACAGCCAAACCUCCUCUGGAUUCAUUCUAUGGAGAGGAGCCAAAGGAAUUCUGCUGUCAGCGGUAUAGGGAGGUGUUUGAGGAGGUGGCCCAGGAGAGGAGGUUUGUUCUGAAGCUGUGUGAAGAGAGGCCUAGAGGGAUCAUAGGAGCAGGAGACUUCCACAGCAGUGUGGAGGAGGUGGAGCUGGAAGCUGGAGAGUGGGACAGCGAGGAACGCAGACUGCAGCAGAGAGAGAUGGAGAGGUUCUACAGAGAGGCCCAAGCAAGACUGUCAUCAGAGAUCAGUUCGUUUCACACCCAGACAAUCAAUUUCCAGCUUUCCAGCUGUGCGCCCAUGGAAGAAAGCUUUGCUGUAAAGAAAGACUCCAGGAAGGAGGAUAAGCCAGAACCGUGGGACUGGAGUGAGCCUUCUGUGUCUGGACCGAUGGGGUUUGGUCUACACAAUCAACAGGACAGUGCAGGUUUCAUACAGAAGUUUUACUCAAACGGGAACAAAUUCCUCACCGGGUUUCCAGACGGCUCUGCCCAAGUCUUCUACCCUUCCGGAAAUCUGGCCAUCAUCCUUCUCACAAACGAGGAGAGGGUGUGCGUCAUCCAGGAUGACAUCACACCAAACGGCCCAAUGAGAGCCUUGUUCCAGUCCAGCGGCAGAGCCACCUGUUACCACGGCAACGGCGGGGUCUGGCUGAAUAUGGACAUGUGGGGAGGGCAGAGUCUCGAUGAAGGAGGAGCCAGGACCAGAAGAUGGAGCUGGAGUGACCAUGCCCAAACCCCCACUCCCUUCAGGCCCAUCUUCCUGUCACUCAAUAAAAACGUGGGGGUCAGAGUUCUGGGACGACAGCAUGUCUUCGUAUCCUUCCUGGCCUCGGGACAGCAGGCGAGGUUCAGCGUCGGCAGCUGCGUUAAGUCAAAGGACUACGACUCUCUUCGUCGAGGACCGUCCCCGUGUGAAGAGGAGCUCAUCCUGCUGGCCUGCCAGUUUUACCUCCCGCUGACUCUCACUCGUCUGCGCUGGUGCCACCGUUUCCCCUCCAGCCCCAGGCACCGGAAUAUCAAGCCAUCUCCCGUCCUGCUCUCUCUGGCUAAGAAGCUUUUGAGCGUGAGCCACAACAUGCACAUGAAGGACACGGAUAGGACCUUCAUUCAGCACUGCCUGCAGGACUGCCAAUGACCCCAGGCUUCAGGAACAACUUAAAAGCCUAAAAUGUUUGUAGCAGGUGCUGGAAAGCAAUAUGAAAAGGAGAAAAUGAAGAUUAAAGGUGCAGUGUGUAAGAUUUAGGGGGAUCUAUUAUCAGAAGUGGAAUACAUUAUGCAAAACCCUGUUUUCAUUAGUGUAUAAUCACCUGUAACUAUGAAUUGUUGUGUUGUCUUUAGCUUAGAAUGAGCCCUUCUUCUUUACAUAUGGAGCAGGUCCUCUUCUGGCAAGUUGCCCCACAAUGUUUCUACAGUAGUCCAGAAUGGGCAAAUCCAAACGCUGGCUCUAGAGGGAACCUUUUGCAUUUCUGUGCAGAAGCAGCAGUUUGAAUUAGGUGGCGCUGUAGCUCCGGUUGGAAGACGUAUAAAGAAGGAGAAUCAGAGGUUGCUGCUGGUGCUGGCUGAGCAUUUAGUGACAUAAGAACCCAAAUUUGGACAAGUGGAGGACCAAACUUAUGAUUUAGCAAAAGAAAAAGUGAGUUAGGGCCAACACUCGCCGUCAAAGAGGCGGAAAAACAAAGAAGCGCAGUGGAAAUGUACAGAGCCCCACUGGUGAUAUCCCCUAUAAAUAAAAAUAAUGCAUGGUCACAACUUAGUAAGGUGUGGGAGCGAGAUAAUUCAGCCUUGACCACAGCUUAAUAAGGCAUAAUUUCGUUCUCACGCCUUACUAAGUACUGGUUGCAACUUAAUUAUCUUGUUCGCACACCUCACUAAGCCAUUGUCACGCAUUAGGAUAUCGUUCUCAAGGCGUGGCCACGUGUUGUUUUUAUUAAUAUCGGAUGUCACCAGAAGGGCUCCGUAGAAUCGGGACAGGCGACAGCAGAAAACCCAUCAUAGGCUCUGCUACACGCUUGGAAAGGGAGGGGUGAGGGAGGGGGAUUCAGUUGGUUGCAAUCUGCAAUCUCACCACUAGAUGCCACUAAAUCUUACACACUGCACCUUUAAGGCCUACUUUAAGUUAUGAGUACUCACUGGUACAAGCAUCACUUUGUUUGGAAAAGUGGUGGGAACAAGAACAGAGAAAAUAAUGUAGGAUAUUUUGCAUCAUGCAGCAAACACACAAGUUACACAUAUAGUACAAUCGCUUUUUGUUUGUUUGUUGUUAAGGAGCUGCACUGACUCCUCACCCAAGAGGUUACACUUUUAAGUCCUGGAGCACAAAGAUUGUUGUUUUUUCUUCAAAAGGUAUAAGCACCCUUUUGGUGAUCUACAAUCUAUGCUGAUAAAAUCUCCAUUUGA